UCGGGGGCUCUGCGUUGGGGGACAUGGGGACCAAGAGGAGGCGGAGGGGCAGCGGCGACCCUGACCCCGACCCGGCAGCCAGUAAGAAGGCCAGGACCGAGCAGGACUUCACGGGGAGUCGGUUUAAACACCUGCUGAGCGCUCCUGACACCGUGACGAGAGGUUUAGAAACCUUUAUUUCCUUAGCUAAGCAAUUGCCGUCUUCUGAGUUGUACGAUGUCGUGGAGGGAUACAUAAAAAUCUCUGUUGACUGCACAGAAAUUUUUAAACUCUUCGAGGGAGAGAGACGAGAAGAAAGUCAGAUGAUUCUGAUUUUUGAAGUACUGGAAACCAUUUUAUUGAGAACUGCCAGUGAUCUUUCCCAUUUUAGUGCUGUGGCUAUGAACAUAGUGAAGAAGUUGCUUCACAUGCAUAUGAAAUUGAUGUAUGUGGCACUCUACUCAGCAAAUCACAGGUAUAUCCGAGCAUGCCUUAACCUAAUGACAGCAAUGGUGAGCCAGAGUCCAGAUGCUGCACGGGAUUUCUUUAGCCAGUUUGAUUUCAACAAUAAGUUUCUGCCUGGCUUAGUGAAAAAGAGAGAUAAAAAGGGAAAGCCUGAUGUACGCAUGGCUUACAUCCAGUUUGCAAUUUCUUUUCUAAUUACUGGUGACAAUACCACUAUUAUUCAAGUCCUGGAGCUGAACGACUUCAUUACAGAUAUUUUUACAUCUGGACUCAAAGAGGAUCGGAUUUCUGUCAUCAACCUUCUGCUGUCAACCCUCAAAACCAAGGUUGUCCGAAAUAAAGCCAUAACUAAAACGCAGAAGGUUCGUCUUUUCACCCCAGGCAUUUUGCACCAUAUCGCUUCACUGUUUUGCUGGAAUGGAAUUGUUGAUGUGGAAUUGAAAAAUAGCAAGGAUACUCAGGACACUAUGGCAACUGGGGAGGCCUUAGUUCGGGAACUUGUGCAUAGCUUUUUGAUGGAUCUUUGCUGUUCGCUGAAACAUGGCAUUACUUUCUAUGAUCCUAGUCUCGGUACAGCCGGAAGAUUGGGAAAUUUGGUGCUGCUGAGGUUCUUGGUGGGUUUAAAAACUGCGGCUGAGGACGAUCUGGUGUCCGACCUGGUGGUGAAUAUCCUAACAGUGUGCCCGGACUUAUUGAACCGUUUCUUCAAAGACCGGUGUUCCUUCGUGCCCAGAAUAAAGACAGCCUGGCUCGAUAACAUCAAACUGCUACGAAAGAUUUACGAAGCCCAACCAGUGGUUUCCAAGGCCUUCAGGACCAAGGUGUUCGUUCCAAUUCCCCGCCUCAUCUCUAUGGUGAUGGUGACAACAGUGCCUCCCGUGGCCAAUAAAGUCAUGUUUGCUCAGGGACUCAAUCUUCCAAAUAAGGCCGUCCAGCACACCACUCUCUCCCUGCUUGCAUUCGUUCUGAAGAGGGCUCUCAAGAAUAUUGAGCAUUGCCUGAACGAGGACGAGUGGGAAAACUCUGAGAUCUACACUCCCAGCGUGAUGAAGGACGUUGCACAGCAGUACAGAGAGGCUGUAGGCAAGCUAUUGCCAGACAUGAACAACAUUGUAUCUAGUUGGCAAUCCCUUCUUAAGAGUGAAGACAAAGGAGAAAAGAGAGAUGAAAAGCAAAUGAAGAACGUUCCAGUAGUGACUGAUGAUCUAAGUGGAUUUCACGGUGCAGAUGAUAUUGAAACCACUGUUCUGAAGGCACUUCUGCUCCAGGUCAUGUGCCUUUACCAGAAGGUGGUCCCUCAUGUGGUUUCACAGUGCACAUUUGAUUUCAGUAAACUGCUUAAAGGCAUUGUGAGUGAGGAUGGAGUGAGAGAAGAAGUUCCUCCCAUUUUACAACACUGCAUCCUACAGCUGGCCCUGGAGCUGCCUGCCAAUAAGUUUACAUGGUUCAGAGUUCAGGAUAUCUCGAAUACAGAGCCGAGCAGCGGAGAAAAGCCUGUGUUUUAUUUGCUCCUAAAAAUGUUUGUGACUAGUCAGAACCCUCGACUGCAAGUAUCAACCAAGCAGCUGAUCAUAAAGCUUUUGAAAGACAGUGGUAUAUUUGAGCACACUUGGAAAGAACUGGAGCUUUGGUUACAAUGCCUUCGAUCCGUCUCUGAAACCGAACAAGAGACUGUUGUCCUGUUCCUUGAAAGGAUCUUAAUAAAGUUAAUCUCCAACCCAUACCCCCACACGGACAAGACUUCAGAUAUCACACAGGAAGCCGGCAUGCUGCAGGUGAACUUCAGCGGCCAGGACUCUGACAGUAUCAGCAUGCCAAUCUCACACAUUGACGAUGUAUUGGAUAUGGUGGAUGUGAUUGUGGAGAACAGUGAAGGUCUGGACGAGGAGAUUGGAUUCAACCUUAGCAAGGAUAUGAUUACGCAGAUCUUUCCGUUCAGUCCUGUGGUGUCUGUAGCUUUGGAAACCAGGAACAAAAUUAUUUCAGCAAACGGCAGUGAAACAGAGGCUGUUUUGCGAUACCUCGCAGGGACCCUGACUGCCAUCCUGCACGUGCAACUCGAUCCGUUGGCCUUGUGUCUGAUGUUGCACGCGUACGACAAGGAGCUGGAUUCACUGCCUGAAAACCAACCACCCAAAAGUGUUCUUCAGCUCUAUAAAUAUUACACGCGCUGGAUCCCAGAGCGAACCAAGGAAGCACUGUUUGAACGGUUCGAUUUGGACAAGGUUCACCCUGCUCCGUUGGCGGAGGCUCCGUUCUCUGUUCUUCUGAAGGACGCCUACGAAAAAGAGGGUGACGUGCUUGUAAAGAACAAGACGAAGGAGAAACUGAAGGAGGCGAUUGCCCGGCUAGAUAAGUGGGAGCUGGCUCUGGCUGUGAAGCACCUGAUGCUCUACAUACGGACCUGUGUGGAGAAUUUUAACAAAGUGAGGAGAGACACUGGUAUAGUAUUGAUUGAACUCUUUAUGGAUCUGUUGAAAUUGCUGCUGCAGCAAUACGAACAGACCAGUCCCAACAUCCAGGAGAAGUUGGGGGAAAAGGACAAAAGUGAACUGCUUAUUGACCUUGACCCAGCGGCUGAUGAACUUACUAAGAAGCAGGCUCUGGAGGACAUGUUGCUGUCGGUGUUUAAACAUCCCACGCUGGAGCAGUGGUUCCUGGGUUUGGAAUUGCAGUCGCUGCCACCCCACAGCCUCAACCCAGUGAGUCUCAAAAUGCUGUCACACCAGCUGAAUUCUGGCAUCCUGAGCCUCCUUAAACUGAGUACCCCAAACCUGCUUAGCCUUGGGCGCAUGGAUGCUGUGAUAAAUUAUUUUAAGGCUGUAGCCACCAGUGCGUUGAAGGAACUUGAAAUGAUAAAGAACGUUGCAAAGAAGCCGAGAGCGACCGGCAAGCAGUCCUUGACUUUGGAAGCCCUGAAGGAUCUGCACACGUACAUGGAUGUGCCUCAGCUCAAAGAGGUGGUGGCGUCCAUGUUACAACUACCAGAAGAAAGUCUAACCUUGCGCAGCACGUCAGAGAAAGGCACUGAUACAGUCAAACAGUUGAGCUUGUACGGGAGGACGUUGGUCAAGAUUCUUACAGGAAAUCGGCAGAAAGUCCCGGAGGCGGGAGAGCUGGCGUUGUCAUGUGAGCACAUCAGAGGUGUGGCAGUGCUGUUGGAGUCCUCGAGCAGUAACGAGAUGGAGAGGGUUCUCCUCGACGCCCUGGAGAAAGAGCCCAUCUUUGCACAGAUGAUAAGGGUGGAGCUAUCAGUCCACUGCUUGAACCGCAUGACGACAACAUCCCUCUCUAUCACUGCCUUCCUCAUUCGCCACAGUAGGACUCACCUUUUGCAGUUUGAGCUUUGGUGCCUGGAUUCAGGGAGAGUCAAACACCUCCAAAGGAAUAUGGAUGCCUACCUUUCAGUUCUUGCUGCGUACUUGCAGUAUGCAGGACAGAGUGACACUGCACGACCAGGAAGAGUGUUCACCAACGUCCUGGGGAUCCUGAAAAAGGCAUUAUGGAAGAAACUGCUAAACGCUGUCGUGUCCAACGCUGCAUCAGAUCAACUCGAGGUACAGAUAGAAAUACUUUCCAAACUGAUCCAGCUGUCAGCAACACAAGAAGACAUGGCGAGUAUCUUGGAACAGCUGCCUGCACAGCUGGAAACAACAAAAAAUGCUUCAAGGUGGGUGUUGGCAGAUGCAGUCACAGUGGCUAUCAGUAGAAUCGCGGGAGACCAAGACUCCUGGCAAAAGUGCCUCUUGAAGGCUUGUGUGCAGUGGUUAAUCAACAACUGGACCAGCAGCAAGGAGCAGAAACAGGACAUGAAGGAGACGGAAGAAGUAAUGCUGACCAGGUUACAGGAGUUGAUAGUUUUAGUUGGUGUGAUUGAUUCAGAGGACUGGAGCAGUUGUUUAAAGAUGGGACUUAAGUAUCGAUACGGAGAUGUGGCGUUUCUAGUAACCCUCCAGAAACUGAUGACUGUAUUGUACGAGAACGCAGACCUGGCUGGAAUGCUCAUCCCGUUGCCCACAAUUCACACGAUGGUGACUAACCACUCGCUCUUUUUGUCAACCAUGCUCAAGGCCACAGAGGAUCCAGAUGAAAAUUUGAGAACCAGAGAUGCCUUGGUGGAUGUGCUACUUUCUCUCGUCAAACAAUGUCCAUCUGUCUGUGAUAGCAGUCACUUUACAGUGCUCCUGGGAGCUUACGGAGCAACGCUUAGCGGCACUGAUCGGAAAUUGCUGCUGAUCCUGCAGGCUUACGAGAAAAACAACGUAAGCCUUUCUGAGUUCAGGCUUCUGCUGUGGGGUCCGGCGGCUGUCGAACACCACAAGACUCGCAAAAGUCUAGGGAAGUCGCUCUGGCAGCAGCCGAGCAUGGACGAGAUCCUGUCACUGCUGGACAGGGAAAAGAUGUUCCACACAGUCCUUAACUUUCCUCAGCGCCGGUACAUCUUCCCAGAGGAGGGAAAGGAAUUAUGGUUAGAUUACAAUAUCAAGGAUCCUCAUACUCUGUACGACCCCUGUUUCUUGUUGCCCCUCUUUAGUUCGCUAAUCACGCCAGAGUCGUUGGUGGAGUGUUCCAAGUUUGUUGAUACUCACGCCUUGGGGCUAACCGUGGCUGCUCUUAGCAGUUAUGAUCCUCAAAUGAGGGCUGCAGCUUACCACGUUCUCGGCAAUUUCUACAUGCAUUUAGAGGGCGCUCGCUUUAGGGAGAAGAGACAAUUACUAUAUCUGUUGGAUAUGGUGAAGAAUGGGAUCCAACAGCCUAAUGUCAAGUUCACUUUUGCCUUGGCAUAUUUUGUUGCAAAAGUUGCCCAGCAGAUGCUUAAACCAGAGGAGCACAUGUACAAGAAAAUUAACAACUUCCUUCUAUCGCAUCAGUAUCUGGACUUAAGGAAACUGCCUGGAUUUUUCAGAUUUUUCUAUAGCUCUGACAUGGAGCAUAAAAUUGAACGUGAAUGGGUUCUUGAACUGUUGGGAAAUGGCCUGAAGGACAACCAUUGUUAUGAACUGUGUGACCAUCAGAAAAUCUUCCAUGUUAUUCUAGCUUUCUUUAACAGCCCGUUAUGCGGUGAGACAGCCCAGAAUCAGAUUGUCCGCAUACUACUGCACACGGCUCACAUCCCAAAAGGAGCGUAUCAGCUGAUCAGAGACCACAGUCUCCUGUCCUGGAUACUGCACAACUUGCAGACAAAGGUUCUAGAAAACAGGAUGCUGUUCAAUUUGAUCUCGCUGCUUCACACCCUGUGGCUGACUAACCUGGGCAAGAAAGAGAAGACUCAAAAAUUCCUACCUCUUCAUUUUAUCAAUGAAUUUCUGUAUAUUCUGAGUGUUCUAAUCAAGCAUGUUUGCUUGAUGAUGGACAGUAGAACGUUUUCUGAAUUCUUACACAUGUUCAGUUCGAUUAUACAACAUCACUCUCGAGCUCUCGGGGCCUACAAGGAAACAGGAUGGAUUACUAUAAAUGAGAGUGUUCUAUCUCAUGCAGACAUGCUGCUACUUCUACACAAAUGGAGUGUGGUGGGGAAGGAAGCACACACACAGGACCUCCUACGCACUCUGGCCCAGAAAUACGGCAUUAAGAAAUUGCUAAAGGUUAUCAGAGAGAAGAACAAACCUCGAAUGCUUGGGUGGAUGGCUCCACAAAGCAGAAGGAGGCGAAUGGGGGUGGGGGAGGAGGAGGAGGACGGGGGGAGUGAACUGCAAGAGUCCUGUCUAGAGCGAUGCAAAGAGUCGCUGAGGUCCAUAUUCGCUCACUGGGAUCCAGCAUACACUGAGGAGAAAUUGGAUCUCCAGGAAAACCAGGAAGACACAGGCAGCAUUGUUAAAGCAACCACAUGCUUAGUGGUUAAAUGGGUCAUCGAAUCUGCUGCUGAAAGUCCAAUGAGCAUUCCCCAGUGUCUCUUGGUGUUGAAAUGGCUGAAGCGGAAUGUCCUGCCUUGCAAAGCUGUGUGUCUGGAACUUGUGGAGGAUGAUGCUUUUAGGCACUGUCUCCUGCGGCUUUACAGCGGGUUCGCAAGUACAGUGGACGGAGAGGCUCUGAGAUGGGAAGCCUCCUACCUCUUCGUCGGUGUCUUGUUCCAGUUGUUGGAGGCUCGAGGCAUGGCAGAUACCAGCUUCCAUGAGAAUAUUAUCCAGAGAAUCUGUCUUCAGGCACUAAACAGCGAGGAUGGAGAAAGGAGAGCUGCAGCGUUAUUCCUGCUCUCCAUUUACCUGUGGGACUUGUGGCUAGGAGCACAGGAAGCUCACUUGUUCCUGUCUCAUGUGAGGCUGAUCUCCAUCUUUGAAGAAAGGCCAGGAUUUGGCCAGCAGAGCCUCGGAGGAAAAAGUGAAAGCGAGAAGCCAGCUGAUGGGAUGGUUUCUCUCUGUAGAGACAUCAGCCACCUCAUUAAGGGGCGGCAGCUAAGUUAACGUUUGAAACAGAAUCGUGCGUGGGUGAACCCACAUCAGAAAAUGAUGGGCAAAAACUAUUACGUUGCUCAAGAAAUUGUAUCUGAUAUGUUUUUUGUCACUAUUCAUAGAUGCAAUAUUUUGGAUAUUAAAUUCUUGACAUGAAAAGAAUCAUAAUUUCCUUCGUUAAUUAACGCUAUGAAUGCUGAUAAACGAUGGGUCUGCCUUACAGUUCUUCAAAGCAUCUGAUGGUUACACAUCCCUUAAGCGAGGAAUGUGUGUCACAACUCAGUCAUUAAGCAUCCAGCCGAAUGCCAACAAAAACCUCUCACAAUGACAGAUGGAAUCUACAGAACUCACGACCAUCAACCAUCCCCAAUUGCAUCGUAGAACGAAGAACCAGCAAUCCAGCAGUGCUUGCCACAACAUUGCCAGCAGCAAAGGUUACAAACGCAAAUCUGAGCACGGCGGAGUGGUGGGGGAGAAAGGAUAAGAAAUCACUGAUUUACUUUCGUAUGGUGGAACUUGCAUUUAGACAGCAGCUUAUCACGUGUCUCAAAGGAUUUCACAAAUAAGUUUCUUUGAAGUGUACCGGUUGUUACAUAGGCAAAUAUGCUGUUUAUCUGCACCAACAUUGUCCCACAACCACCUAUGAGAUCAAUAGUCAGCUAGUGAUGGUAGGUUGUGAAUGUUGAGUGAGGAGUAUCAGCCAAACCAUCAGGAGAGAUCUGGCACAAAGGGUGCCAUUUGCACUCAGCUAUAUUUUUGUUAGUUACCUAAGAACCACUUUAUAAUCUGGCAUGCUCAGAAGCUGCAAAAUGUUAGGGCUUUUACAUCUCACACUCCUGUUUGAAGAUGUAAAAUUUGAUUAACCACAUGACCAGGCUCCAAUAAUUAACACAUGAAAAAAUAAAAAUCCUUGUGUUUGA